GGAUGCAAAAUCAAACAUCUUUCUUACUUAUAUGAUCUAGAUUUAUGUAGUUGUUGUACUUUCGUUUGCGUAUCUGCUAUUACCAUAUUCAUGAUAUGGAUCCAAAACACAGGCAGGCAAUUAAAUCUAAUGCUGAUUAUUUGAAAAGUAUUGAUAAAAACGAAUUACGGCCAUUCAUUGAAAAAUCAAAACUGUUUACAAGAUCUAUGCUGAAUGAUAUUUUCGAUACCGAAGAAGCAUGCUUCAUCGAAGAACUCCCUACUCGAGGACCUAAAGCUUUUGAUAUAUUUUUGAAAGUUUUGGAAGAUGCGGGUCAAGAUAAAGCUGUCAAAAAGUUGAAAGAAUCAGUUGCUACGCAUAAUUCUUUAAAUGUAAAUGCGGGUCAAGUUAUUAAGAAGUUGGAAGAAUCAGUGGGUGGUAAGGAAAUUUCAAAUUCUUUGAAUACAGAUAUAAACUCACACUGCUAUGAAAUGUCUCCUAGUACCAUAGGCGAUUGCUUGAUUAUUAAUAACGUGGAUUUUCCAAAAAGAAAAAGGAAUUGGUCUGAUGAAGAUGCCAAGGAUCUGUAUCAUGCUUUCAGCAAACUUGGAUAUAAUAUCACAAUAAAAAAUAAUUUGGAAGAAGACAAAAUGCAUUCAACAUUGAAGGACUUUGCUAACAAGGGAGAUUUAGAUUCGUGUGUUGUGAUUGUUCUAAGUUAUGGCGGUGAAGAAGGUAACCAAGAAAUUAUAUAUGGAACUGAUGGUGGGUUUGUAUAUGUAUAUGAGAUUAUAAAAUUAUUUGGAAAUAAAAACCCUAAGUUUUAUGAAAAACCAAAACUUUUUUUCCUUCCUAGAGGAAAUACCAGAACUGAUGAUACAGAUUCAGUUGCUUUUCAUGAAAAAAAUGAUGAUCUAUAUAAAUGUGUUUUCAUUCAUUAUUUUCCUUCUGAGGAAGUAGAAGGAAAAUCUUAUAUGAGAGAAUUUUCUAAAAUACUUUUGGAAAAUUAUAAGACAGAAGAUCUUGAAACCAUAAUGCGUAAGGUUAUGAAUGCCUGUCCAUCGUUUAUUACAAAAUCUGUAGGACAUGGGUUAAAAGGCAUACAUUUUAAAAAAUUGUGACAUUUUUUGUAAUCUCAAAUGUGAUAUAAAAUGUGGUAGGUGUAAAUGCAUACUUAAGUGCCUUAUGGUGGAAUAGUAAAAUUUACCGAAAAAUAGAUAUUGCUGUUGAAAGGGGGGGGAGCGAUCAGAAAAUGUUUUGAUGGGAUCCAGAUUUAAAACUGCAAUGCUCUUUCAUGUGGUCACUGGCUGUAAGUAAACAGAAAUGAAGAUAAUUAUUCUAAGGUAUCCAGUUCUACAGAAAACAAAAAUUAUCUAGAAUCAUUGGGUAUCAUUAUAGAGAAGGUUUAUUGCAUUAAUUUUGAAGCCUUAUAGUAGUGGAUUAUGUAAUGAUAAACUUAUAAAUCAUUAUGAAAAAGACAGUAGACAGAAGAUAUCAAAAGCUUUAUCUGAAGAGAUUUGUAAUAUGUAAAUGAAUGUUUUUGAGUGACAAGAAUACGAUAAUUUUAUCUAUUUUAUGUACUGCUUAGCAGACUUUUGACUACAUUAAGUAUAGCUGUAAGCGGUAUUAUACUGAAGUACUAUCUCCAUUUUAUUGAAUUUUUUUAUACUGAUACAUGCAUAAAGCUUUCUUUUAUUAUAUACAUAAUUUUGAGAAAAAAGAUUUGGAAAUGCUUUUUGAGGAGUGGGAAUAAAAUUAAUAACUUAAAGUUAUUGAAACUAAAAAGUAAAAAACUAUCUAAGGAAUGCAUUACUUUUGGAAAUUUAUAAAAAGUUGGUAUAAAAGAAAUUUCUCUGAAAUAUUGUGUGAAAUGAAAAGAAAAUAGUGCUGUUUGUUGAUAAUUAUAGUUAUGACAAUUUUUCUGUUUUCAAAAUAGAAUUAAGUGUAAUAUAUAAUGCAUUUCUCUGAUAGUUACCUCUAAAUAAAAACAGAAUAUUUUGUGUGUUUCGCCAUAUUUAUGUUGAAAUGGUAUAGUUUUACAUCUGAUCAAAAUGAGUUUCAGUAGUUUGUAUCAAAAUUCCUGCUGGAAAUGGCACUAAUGUUUUUAUGUUUCUGAAAUAAAUAAUCAAUAAUAAUAAUAAUAAAA